AUGCGUCAGCCGCCAUCCUCGCUCAAGUCCACCGUCACCCUCCUUGCGCUCCUCUCCCCGCUCGCGGGCCCGGCCGCCGCCGCUCCUCUCAUGGAGACGGGCACGGAGGCCGGAGUCCCCUCGGGUCCGGGAGGAGGAGGAGACCUCUCUCGGCUCUCCGACUCGUCGUGCACCUCGCUCCAGAAGUGCGGCUGCACCUCGGUCGCCAUGUCGACGCCCAACUGGACCGUGACGGAGCUGCUCUACAGCGCGCGCUACCCGCACGCCCAGGGCCAGGGCGGCUCGCCCUACGCCUUCAUCACGUUCAACGUGACCAACCCGGCCGUCGGGCGGUCGUCGCACUGCGCGGCGUCGAGCAUGAAGGCCGAGGACUUCUUCUACGGGGAGCAGUGGUACCCUUGCGACUACGACGAGGCUGGCAGUGGAGAGAAGGCGCCGGCGAGGGCCCUGUUUCGGUACGACAGGCCCUCUGGGAAGCUGGACAUCAACCAGACUUGGGUGUGUGAUGAUCAGGGAUAUCCUGCCAACUUUCGCGUGUCUGGGGGGACUACCAUGUCCCUGCAGUGCAACGACACGGCCAAGGAGACCGUGCCGGGUCGGCGGCAGACGGCGGACGAGGCGGCGGAGGAGGCCGAGUUUAGGCGGGUCAUCAGUUGUGACGAGGUCGCUGUCAACGUGCCGUGGGCUGACGUGGAGGCUUGGGCGUAA